AUGGAUUGCAAGUUAGAAGAGAUCCAGCUUAUGACGGAAUCGGGAGAGAAGAAUCAAGAACCAAACGCAAUGUGGAAUGGCCAGCCCUGCAUCUAUGUGAUUAAUGGUGGCUAUGAAUCAUAUAUAGCUGUGGAUAUGCACUGCAAUGCAAAUUGGCGAAGUAGUGACAUUUACCCAAAGCAGACAGUGCGUCAAAGUCCUGUGUGUCAGACUAAGACAAAAAAGCCCUUGUGGAAGCUUGCCGAGUGGACAUUCACCCGAGAUCAAUAG